AUGGGCAAAAAACACCAACAUUCUGCAGCUGCUCGAGCCAGAGCUGCAAGAUGGAAUCCCACUGCUGUGCCAGUGCCCUCUCCAAGUCCCGAGGCUGUUGAUGAUUCGGAACCUCUGAUCCAGCAAUGCGAAGACACAGAACCACAUGAUUAUUUUGUCAUUGAAUCUGAUUCAUGUUCAGAAUGUGAGUAUACAGGUGGGGUCAAUGUUGAUAGCUCUGACAGUGACUACAAGCCUGGAGAUUUGGACUGGGAGACAGAGUUGACUGAUGAUACUCUCUCGGAGCUCUCAGGUGACGAGUUGGAGGAGAAUAUGCGCAUGCUGCAAGCUGAAAGUGCCAUUGAAGCAGACCUACUUGCCCAACCCGCUGCAUUUGAGAAAAUUGCAAUGGGAGUCUCGAGUGCAGCAUGGAAAAAGGCCGAGAAAAAUCGAGGGCUUGGAUACAAUGGCCAGUCACAGCAGACAUAUGAGCGGAGAGGUCAGCAAGCUCAGGCUGCAGCAAAAGUGCGAGAAAAUGCGAAAAAAUCGUAUGUCAGCUCACAAACUGAAUGGUUGAGGACACUUACUUAA